AUGUCAUUUGAAACUGCUUCACCUGUCAUAGUAACGGUUGAAGAAUUGCAAAACGGAAUAGAUGAUGCCACAUUAUCACAAGCGUUUGGUCCAAAUUCACUAGGUAUUAUCUUAGUCAAAGGUUUACCUGAUCAUUUUCAAAGUUUAAGAGAAAAAGUAUUAAAAUCAGCAUCAAUUUUAUCAAAUUUACCAGAGGAACAAUUACGAGAUCUUGAAUGUGAAGAAUCCGUAUGGUUAAUUGGUUGGUCUUGUGGUAAAGAGAAAUUAGCAUCUACUGGUAAACCAGAUUAUAAUAAAGGUUCAUUUUAUGUGAAUUGUGCUUUUCAUAAUGAUGAUAGUUUGGAGGGUCCUUCUCAAGAUUUGGUUGAAAAAUUCCCGAAACAUAAAGCUUAUACAGAAUCCAACAAAUGGCCUGAAGAAAAAAGUGAAUUAAUUAAUUUCAAAAGUAACAUGAAAGAAUUAUGUAAUUUAAUUAUAAAUGUUGCAGCAUUAGUAGCACUUAAUUGUGAUCAGUACAUCAAAAAGAUAUACAGUGAUUACGAAGCUGGAUUUUUGGGAAGGAUAGUGAAUGAAUCCACAUGUACAAAAGCAAGAUUAUUACAUUAUUUUCCAUCAAAAUCUGAUAUAAAUGGCACGAACAACGAUGAUUGGUGCGGAGAGCAUUUAGAUCAUUCAUGUCUAACAGGUUUAACUUCCGCGCUUUUUAUAGAUGAAUCAGAGGGUAAAUCAACAAAUUUAACAUCUUCCCCAGAUCCAUCAGCAGGUUUAUACAUCAAAAAUCGAGACAACAAGACAAUUAAAGUCAAUAUACCAUCAAAUUGUUUAGCUUUUCAAUCAGGUUCAGCAUUAGAAGAAGUUUCAAAGGGGAAAUUCAAAGCUGUUCCACAUUUUGUUAAGGGGACCAGCCAACGAAAUAUUGCAAGAAAUACCCUAGCAGUAUUUUGUCAACCUAAUUUAAAUGAAAAAAUCAAUGACACUGAAAAUUUUGCUCAAUACUCUGAUAGGAUUUUGAAAGAAAAUCACUGA